CAACACUAUCCUUUUGGACUCAAUAGACUUUGGUGAAUGGCUUCUUCUUCAUUGGUUCGUUCCAUUCCCAUUUCGUUUUCGUUUAACCAAUGCACCCUUAAAUCCCCACACCCUUCGCUUCGUGCUUCGGCAACUCCAACCCAGAAGGCUCGGUUCGUUGCUCGACGCAAGGAAUCGGUUUCGGUUCGGCAACUCCAACUUCCCCUAAUUGAGUAUAUGCGGUUACCGGCGAGUCAGUACUCUGUGUUGGACGCGGAGAGGAUUGAGCGGGUAAACGACAACACGUUUAGGUGUUACGUGUAUAGGUUCAAGUUCUUUUCCUUUGAGGUUUGUCCAGUUUUGUUGGUUAAGGUGGAGGAGCAACCUGAUGGGUGUUGCAUCAAGCUCUUGUCUUGCAAGCUCGAGGGCUCGCCGAUGGUUGAGGCUCAAAACGACAAGUUCGAUGCUAUUAUGGUGAACCGGAUAUCAUGUGAUAGUAAAGCUGAUAAGUCAUUGGUGCAGCAACUCACAUCCGAUACUAUAAUUGAGGUAAGCAUUGAAAUUCCUUUUGCCUUCCAAGCAAUACCAAAGCAAGCAAUUGAAUCGGCUGGUACUCAAGUCCUAGACCAGAUACUCAGGAUUAUGCUUCCUCGUUUUAUGUCCCAGCUUGUGAAAGAUUAUAAAGCCUGGGCCUCUGGAGAUACCUCAAGGCAGCCUCUUGGAACAGGUGAAAUUUGAAAUAAUGGGUAAAACCAAUUGCUAUUGGCGCUGGCCUAAAAUUGCUGUAUAGUUACUAGGUUCUAGAAAUAUCGCUUGUAGUGUGUGAUUUAAUGAAUUCUUGGUUUGUUGAGUAUACAUUCUUUUUUUUUACAAGCUGGCCCGGGGGAAAGGGUGUUUAAGGAAAUUAUUGUUAGUAACGAUAUUCCAGUGAUGAUUGCAAUAUAUAGGUAAUGUUAUCUCAAUGUUGAAAUUAAAAUGUGGAGGUUUCAAGAAUUCUGUACCAAGGUACUUCAUUGUUUUUAGAGGAAGAAAUUCAACAAAGUGCAAAAAGGGGCCACUUCGGCCUAAGAGACUUUUUGCUAGUUCAGGGUGCAGGCUUUUACAUACAGCAUUAUUAGGCUUGAAUGUAAGGUUUUGGUUCUUC